GUCCAUCUCAUAGCAGGCACAAACUCAUCCAUCCCCAAUUGACUAGAAGAAGCAACAAUGACUCCUGGGAAGACCUCAUUGGUGUUACUGCUGCUGCUGCUGAGCCUGGAGGCCAUAGUGAAGGCAGGAAUAGCAAUCCCACAAAAUCCAGAAUGCCCAAAUUCUGAGGACAAGAACUUCCCCCGGACUGUGAUGGUCAACCUGAACAUCCACAACCGGAAUACCAAUACCAAUCUCAAAAGGUCCUCAGAUUACUACAACCGAUCCACCUCACCUUGGAAUCUCCACCGCAAUGAGGACCCUGAGAGAUAUCCCUCUGUGAUCUGGGAGGCAAAGUGCCGCCACUUGGGCUGCGUCAACGCUGAUGGGAACGUGGACUACCACAUGAACUCUGUCCCCAUCCAGCAAGAGAUCCUGGUCCUGCGCCGGGAUCCUCGGCACUGCCCCAACUCCUUCCGGCUGGAGAAGAUACUGGUGUCCGUGGGCUGCACCUGUGUCACCCCCAUUGUCCACCAUGUAGCCUAAGAGCUCUGGGGAGCCCACACUCCCCAAAGCAGUUAGGCUUUCUGGAGAGCUGGCUCAGCCCCUCAGGAACCCUCAUUCUUCAAAGACACAGCCCCAUUUCAGACUAAACUCAUUAGAGUUCUUAAGGCAGUUCGUCCAAAUGAAGCUUCAGAGGUAACUUGGCCAAGAGAUGAGAUCUGAAUUAUCUUUCCCUCUUUCCAAGAAGGAAUUUGCUUCUUGUUUACUUUUUUAAGGGCUUUAAGUUAUUUAUAUAUUUAAUAUGCCCUGAGAUAACUUUGGGGUAUAAGAUUCCAUUUUAAUGAAUUACGUACUUUAUUUUGUAUGUCUUUUUAAAGAAGACAAGAUUCUGGGCUUGGGAAUUUUAUUAUUUAAAAGGUAAAACCUAUAUUUAUUUGAGCUAUUUAAGGACCUAUUUAUGUUUAAGUAUUUAGAAAAACGUGAAAAAGUGCGAUUAUCAGUUCUGCCUAGGUAAAUGUGAGAUAGAAUUAAAUGGCAGUGGAAAAUUUCUGAGUCUUUACAACAUACGGAUAUAGUAUUUCCUCCUCUUUGUCUUUUAAAAGUUAUAACAUGGCUGAAAAGAAAGACUAAACCUACUUUCAUAUUUAUUAAUUUAAAUUUUGUAAUAUGUUGAGGUUUUACAAGAGAUACAGCAAGUCUAACUCUCUGUUCUGUUAAACCCUCAUAAUAAAAUCCUUCUGUAAUAAUAAAGUUUGGAAAGAAAA